UAAAAAAAUAAGAUAAAAAGCUAACAUGAUGUAAAUGUCCGAUUUGGAUUGUGCGCAUAACAAGAUGAUGACGAGCCUGAAUAUUGUAAGAACCACACCUCUUUGUGUUUCUACCAAAUCCAUUUUCUCGAACCUUCUUCUUUCUCAUUCCACAUCUCACUUCACCGUUUUCCCUUCAAACCCUAUCAUCACUCCCUCCUCCAUUUCCAUUCGUCAUCAGCAGCGGAAGCGUGGUUUCCGUGGUGGUGUUGUUGUAGCCAUGGCUGCACCUCAGAAAUCGGAAGAUGAGUGGCGUGCUGUUCUCUCCCCUGAGCAGUUUCGGAUUCUCAGGCAGAAGGGCACUGAGUACCCUGGAACAGGAGAAUAUGACAAGUUCUUUGCUGAAGGAGUCUACAGAUGUGCAGGUUGCGAGACUCCUCUCUACCGGUCGACAACAAAAUUCAAUUCUGGUUGUGGGUGGCCGGCCUUCUAUGAGGGUCUUCCUGGAGCCAUAUACCGCAAUCCGGACCCUGAUGGAAGGAGGAUAGAAAUAACAUGUGCUGCUUGUGGGGGACAUCUAGGUCACGUAUUUAAGGGUGAAGGAUUUCCAACUCCCACAGAUGAACGGCAUUGCGUCAAUAGUAUUUCACUGAAAUUUGUACCGGCGAAUACUUAGUUUUUUCCAAUGAAAUCUGCUGUAUGAAUUUGGUAGUCAAGAAUCAAGAUCCUUAAAUAAUCAAACACUGUACUGAAAUUGGGACCAAGUUUUAAAGAUUGAUGGCUGACUGAUUAUGAUACUGAAAUGAUGACUGAUCUUAAAUGAGCAAUUGUUCAUUUAUUCAUUUACUUCCUUCCUCUCUUGAGGCUGGAUCUUAGUAUGAGUUCUAUAUGGUUUCUUUAGUGUGUAAUUUAUGUUUGAACCUAUUGAGGGUUUGUAAUUGUUAUCUAUGGAUGGCACACACCAUCUUUUGUUUAUAA